GAUAAAUUAACCUCUGUCAGCUGAUAACCCCUUCACUCCCCUCUCUCCCUGAUGGGGAUUGGAUCGCCAGUAAGAUCCUCUCUGAUUGGUGUAGGUUGGUGAAUCUGUGUUCUCAUCUGAAUGGAACAAGCCUGUGUGUGUCAGUGGACAGGCUGAGAUAGGUUAGGGGGAGGGACUGGUUAAGCUGAGUGAGCAGUGGGAAUACUUUAAAUUGACUCCCACACAUGAAUAAUGCAUUAGAUAGCCCCUCCCCUCAUUGGGAUCAGCUGGAGGAAAUUGGGGCUUGGGCCAAUCAGAUUACGUCCCUGCCGGGUUUGCUCAGUGUGUGUGUGUAUAGUAACCAGGAGAGAGAGAGCGGGCAAGUCCAGACAAAUAGCAGCAGCUCAGAGCCUGUAGGGUAGCCUUUCUGUCGACUAUCCCUCCGUCUCUCUAUCGCUGCUCAUUCUGUCUUUGUCUCAGGGUGUGUUAUGGGAGCUGUCAUUACCAAAGAGAUGGCUGGGUGACAUUGCUACAGCUCUACUUGUGUAUUUACUAAUGGUUGUUUCGUCUCCCCUGAGAGGAUUUACACAGGGGCAUGUAACUCCCCCAGGUUCCUUUGUCUGUGUGUGGGGUGUCUGAGGGUGUGUGUGGCUUCAAGGAUCUAGCAGCCAUGAAUUCCUGUUGGAAGAUGAAGAAUGAGAAGCCCCUCGGUCAUUCUGCCAGCAGGUCCAGCAAUAUUUCCAAGGCGGGGAGCCCCACCUCCGUCAACGCCCCCUGCAACUUCUCACGAACGUCGGUCACCCCCUCCAACCAGGACAUCUGCAGCCUUACCGUCACAUCUCCAGAUCAGUGCUCCCAGAAGCCUUUGCAGACCGCCGUGGUUCUAUUGAACUCAAACGGCAAAACCUCUCAAGGGUCAGGAGGAGACAUCUCCAUGACAACCCUCUGCCUGGACGCACCCCCAGCCUUCAAGCCCCCCAAAGCCCGGGGCGGGGUCUCAUUCGGAACGGAAUGGUUUUCAUUGCUCCGCCCCUCCACAGUCAAUGGGACACUGAAGUUUUCUCACUCUCUGAACGAUGUUGGCCAGCGCAUGGAUAGUCUCUGUAGUGGACUGCACUUCAUAGACCGGACCUGUUCUGAAGGAGAGCUGGAGGUUAAACCCGAACCACCCAACACGGACCGUAAAUCCAAGGCACUCAACGGCAAAGCAGCCACACUCCCACACCAGGCCUCAAACCUACCUUCGUUUCCCACGCACACACACACCCACACACACCCUCACCUCGUCCCCUCGUUCACCAACAACUACAAAUACCUCAACCCCCAACACUGCCUCCAACCUCCCUCUACCGGCGUCCCCCCUCCUCCUCCUCCUAACUCCCAGCUCCACCCUCCCAGCUCCAACCUCCUCCGCCUCUUCCUCCCUUUCUCUCGCUCCUCUACUUCGGCCAGUCUCCAGUGUUCUGAGCUGGGGAGCUACGAUUCCCGCCUCCACAUCGCCAAAUCCUUCAGCGCCCUGAUGGGGGGCAGUGAGCCUCCCCUGGGGGGAGCAGAGGACCUCUUGGGAGAUGAUGAGGUGUUCGAGGUCCCCAAGGGAAGGACCGGGGCUUGGACAGGGGCUGGAAUCCCAGGAAGAGAUGCUGGAGGCGGGGUAGCGGCUCUCCUCGGGGAAGCCCCCCUCUGCUACAUGGACGAAGACAGCGAUCUGGACCAGUUUUCGUUUCUGGACCAGUGUUCAUCACCCACCCACUCAGAGAAAACAGGGCCGCUCACUCCAGGCCCGCUCUCUCCCUAUUCGCUGUCUGGAGACUGCUGCAGGAUCUGUCACUGUGAAGGAGAUGACGAGAGCCCGUUGAUAACACCGUGCCACUGUACGGGCAGCCUGCGUUUCGUCCACCAGGCGUGCCUGCAGCAGUGGAUCAAGUCCUCAGACACACGCUGCUGUGAACUCUGCAAGUACCAGUUCAUCAUGCAGACCAAGCUGAAACCCCUGCGCAAGUGGGAGAAGCUCCAGAUGACGUCUAGUGAGAGGAGGAAGAUAAUUUGUUCCGUGACGUUCCAUGUCAUCGCCAUCACCUGCGUGGUGUGGUCCCUCUACGUGCUCAUCGACCGCACUGCAGACGAGAUCAGAGCAGCCGGAAGAAUCCCAGGUAUCCUGGAGUGGCCAUUCUGGACCAAACUGGUGGUGGUAGCCAUCGGCUUCACUGGCGGCAUGGUCUUCAUGUACAUCCAGUGUAAAGUCUACAUCCAGCUGUGGCGAAGACUCAAGGCCUACAACCGGGUGAUCUAUGUCCAGAAUCGCCCGGAGACGUGUAAAAAGCAGAUGUUGGAGAAGCCUCCUCUCAUGGAGCCCAAUUUGGAGCACAAGGAGGCUCUGGCCCCGACCCAGUCAGACACAAACUCCUCCCAGUACACAGAGACAGAAGACUACAGUAUGGAAGUGCUCCAUGUCUGACCCACAUAUACACACAUACAGGGACACACCAUGUCUGACCCACAUAUACACAUACAGGGACACACUAUGUCUGACCCACAUAUACACACAUACAGGGACACACCAUGUCUGACCCACAUAUACACAC